AUGGGUUCGGAUUCAGUGCUCAAGCUUCCCUCGAUAGAUUUUUCCGGAUUGGGUGAUUCGGAGCCGGGAAGCCAUGGUUGGAAUUCUGUCCAAAACGCCGUCCGGGGAGCGCUUGAAGAGUACGGGUGCUUCGAGGCUUUGUAUGACAAGGUCACUGUGGAGCUUCAUGACGAGGUCUUCAAUGAAAUGGAGGAGAUGUACAAUCUUCCGGCCGAGACCAAGCGCCGGUUUGUCGACCCGACGAAACUGUACGAUGGCUACCUUGCUGAUCUCCCACUUUACCCUCUUUCAGAGGCCAUGGGAAUGCAUGACGCCCUGAACUCGGGUGCGAUCGAACGAUUAGCCGAUCUCCUGUGGCCGGAGGGAAAUACCAAAUUCUGUGAGUUGCUGAAUACAUAUUUGAGGAGGCUGUCUGAGUUAGAUUAUAUGAUCCAGAAGAUGGUCUUUCGAAGCUUCGGCGUCGAGCAUUAUCUUGAUUCACAUGCCGAGUCGACAAAACAUUCUCUCCGCCUUUUGAGAUAUGGAGCUCCGAAGACGGAGGAGGCGCAAGCCGGAGGCAUAACUCAUUACGACACAAGCUUCGUAACCAUGCUUCAGCAAAAUCAUGUGAAUGGAUUGGAAGUGCAGACGAAGCAUGGAGACUGGAUUAAAGUCGCACCUUCGGCUUCCUCUACUAUUGUCAUGAUUGGAGAGUCAUUCCAUGGAUGGAGCAACGGAAGAUUACACUGUCCCCGACACCGUGUGAUGAUGAGCGGACACGAGGCCAGGCACUCCAUCGGGAUCUUCUCCUGCGUUGAAGGGACUAUCAUCCAGUGCCCCAACGAGCUCGUGGAUGAGCAACACCCUUUGCUUUUCAAGCCCUUUGACACGGAUGGUCUCAUCCGUAUCUUCGCCACACCGGAGGGACAGAAUGGAGGAGCUUCAGCUCUCAAAACCUUUUAUAGUGCUAUUAAUUGAACGUGACCUUUUUUACAUCGUUCCAAGCCCUUUCAAGCUUUAAUUUGAUGUGUGUGAUUGUUGUUUUUU